AUGAAGUCAAUUACAGCAAUCGUUUCGGUUCUCGCCAUGAUGCCCGGUUUGCUCGUCAACGCGUGCGAUUGCCAUCAUAACAAUGAUGCCGGCCGAUGGAAGGGUUCUCAAACCCCUGCCAGUGCCGUCGAAGAACUUUGCAAAGAUGGAGGCACUUGCAAGGAAAAUGGGUAUGGAGCUAGGCUUUGUGUUGUGGGAGACGUCUCGCAGUGUCUCUGCGCCAUUAAUGCGGCCAAGAGCUGGCAGAGCAAGCAUGGAGAUUGGUUCCUGUGGUCUGGUAUUAACUGUGGCGACUUGACUAUCACUAUGAACACCAAUUAA